AUGGCGGACGUCUCGUCUGCUCGGAGAGGCGUCAGACAGAGCAGGCGCUCGGUGCCUUUUCCUGUCUCUCCUGCCUGUCGCGCGUCUUCGCGGCUGUCGACGCCUUCCCCUUCUGUCGGCUUCCAUUCUUCUUCGAGCGUCGCGGACUGUCGCUCUUCUCAGGCAGGCAAGAUGCGUAUCUCGCCUCCGGGUGUUUGGGCUUCUCCUGUCGCUGCGUCUCCCCGUUCUUCGGUGGGAGAGACUCCCAGGUCGAAACAGAAGUCCCGAGACCUCUGGACGCCACAGGGGCGCUUCCGACCUUCUGUGGCUGGUCGAGAGGCUCCUCUGGAAUCUACGGCGAAGGGUAUUUCCGGUUCACAGGGUCGUUCUUUCCCUCGCUAUUCUCUGUCUUGCCGCUCUUCUCUCCUUUCUCCUCUCCAUGCAGUCUCCACUGUGACUAAGGAGAAGCGGAACGGCGACUCCACGCGCGUCGCACGGCCAUCUCGUCUGUGUGUCUUUCUUCUCCCCGCUCUUCUCGCUACUUUCCACCUGUGCGUCGCUGCUUCUUCUCCUUCUCCUCCUCCGUCUUCGUUUGCUUCUUCGUUUGCUUCUUCGAGGGCUGAAGAGCCUUCUGCUCCCCAAGCGUCAGGUGCUCUGCCUGCGAGUGCACUGGCGAUCCCUCGAGGGUCGCUCCUCUCAGGCGACCUGACGCAUAGCCAGCAUCUGUCGGCGUCCCAGAUUGCCCGCGCCGAGAGUUUCCUCGCAGACUACCAGCGCCAGUCUCCUGCGCAUGGAGGUUCUGAGGCGGCCAGCGCGCAGCCGCCGGCGGCAGCGGGGGCGACGGGAGAAGCUGGAAGCGAACUGGGAGGCCAGCCGGCCGAGGAUGUCGGCGCGCGCCUCGAUAAGGACAUGCGCACCCGAAUUCGGGCAGACGAGAAAGCAGGCCGAGAAGGAACUUUGACGGGACCGCAGGGAGCGCUUCUCGCCGAUGCUAUCUGCGCGAGAGUCAAAGAAGGAAAGAGCCUCCAGCAAAUUUCCCUCGGCGCAGGAACCUCGGGAGUGGUGGAGAUCGUGCCAAGGGAGAGACUGAAAAGUCACUGGUUUGGCCUGCCCCUCACCGAGAAAGAUUUGCCCGGAUUCGACAUGCCAUCGACUCUCCACCCUUCUCGCGAGUUGACGGUUCUUGUCACGCCGCACCGACCCAGUCAGUUUCCAGCAGUGUAUCUGAUUUACCAGAAGGAGGACGCAUGCGUGUGGCUGCGGGACGCUGCUGCCGCGGGUCCCACACUGCUGCGCGUCUCGAGCGAGGAACUGCAUGCGAUUCCUCGACCGGGCGCUCUCGUCCUCGUCGUUUCCUGUGAGACGCCUUGUGCGCCGCACAUCAGUCUCCAGUGGCAAACACCCGGCAGAGACGAAGUCAUCGAUCUCGAGUGCAGAAAAGAUGAGAAAUCCGACCUUGUUUGUCCUUCCGUGAGUGGCGAGGCCCUCGUGGGCGUCCCUCUCCACUACGCGUUCAAAUGCACAGACGACUGUCAAGAGGCCGUCCGGGGCGUCGUCGGAGCGAGCAUCGAAGUCGUCGUGUCUCCUGGUGCCCAUCAGCCUCUGUUACCUUCGAGCUCCGAGUCUCCGUCUUCCUCCUCUUCGUCCUCUUCUUCUCGUUUUUUCGAAGAUCGCCUGGAACUGUUGGCAGCUUGGGACUGCGUCCCCGAGACGGCUUUUUCCGAUGGAGACGACGAAGGCAGUACAGCCGCACUUACCUCUCAGGAGACGCCUGUCGCUCCUUCUUCUCCUUCUCCGUCCUCUCCUUCCUCUCCAGCUCUGCGGAGGCAAAGGAUUGAAGAGGCUGGCGACGGCGCAGAGGUCCCAACAGAGGGCGGCGAGAGGACGAGCACCACGGGAGGCGAGAAGGCGGGGAAAGACGAGCCUGGAAAAACGCGAAAUGCCUGCAAACCUCUCACGUCUGUCGCAGGAGCUGCUGGAGUCACUUACUUGGCGGCGUCUCUAGAGGGCAUUGCGAAGAAUCCGGGGCAGCACACGUUGCACAUCGUCGUUCUGUCUCCGAGUGUGGCGAGUCGCAAGUUUCGACUGACUCUGGACAUGCCGCGCAGCGUCACAGAGGUCGCUCUGGACCGGCCUUUGUAUGUUGUCUUGCCUGCAAAUUCUCUCCGGUUCUUUAAAGUUUUUCUCCCCGAAGUCGCCGUCGACCCCCAGAAGUCUUGUCUCCACAGCGCCCUCGGCUCCGUCGUCGAACAUCCGCCAGUCGAGUUCGUCGCAGAGUCUGUCGCAGGCGGCGUCCCCACACUCGCCGUCGCCAACGAGGAACUUGAACCCAGACCAGACCCCGCAAAGACAAAGAGAGAGCAGGUGUUUGCCUGGCGUAGCACCGAGCAGGAGUCGGAGGCGGGCAUCCGCUACGCCUUGAUCUAUCUCGGUUCAGAUGCUCUCCGUCGAAAGAAGCCGUUUGGAACGUUCGUGAUUGGUGUACGGACCUCGAGCUUCUCCUUGGUGUCUCUCUCUGUCUCCUCGCUGGCUGCGGCGGCGGGCAUGCGCCAGUGGGCAGAGCUCCCCGGCUUGGGUGUGGGCGUCACUCUCACGUUUAUCCCUUUCUCUCGCUACUGCAAAGACGAGUUCCUCGUCUUUCGGACUGGCAACAAUGUUGGGCGAAGGCGAAGGCAGACAGCGGGAGGAACCGACUUUGUCAGCAACGCGAUGGAGGCCAAGAGCUCGCCGUCCGCGGCAGCUGGAGAGCCUCCAAACGACCGGGAAGCGACCCGGGAGGUCCUCACUAUCGUUGUCCAGAAACAGAAAGGAGACAUGCCCAGCGAGUUCUGCGUCGUUCCAUGCGGACCGGCAGAGGGUCUCUUUCGCAUCUGUCCGAAGCUGCCUCUUGAAAAUGACGCCCCGUGCCCUUCUCCGUUUAUAAGCCGACCCGCGCCCGAGUCCAGAAUGCUCCGGCUCUCCAUUCCUGUCGACGCGCUCGAGCCUCGAAGUGCUUACGUCAUCCGCAUUCGCCUCGCGUCUUGGCAAGACAGCUCAGUCGUGAUGGGACUGUGGCGACCGACACCCGGCGACGUUCGCGUGCAGACAGUUCGAGUGAAGAACGGCGUAGCCUUCAGAGGCAUCUUGGCGAACGACAGCGCAGGUGCUCGCGCGCUCGACUUGAUCUUCAAUGUCGACUCGAAUACGCUUCCGCGUCUCUCCAAACCGGAGAGCGCGUACGCGUUCCGCUUGAGUCUGGCGGGGAGCGCUCCCGGCUUCCUGAUCUCUGUCUCGCUGCCGGGCGGCACUCAUGCGCAGGGGAAGAGUCGCUCGAUCUCCGUUCCUGUCUCUGAGGCGAAGGACAGAGUCGAGUUUUCCGAACGCUUCUCGUCGGCCGCUGUAUUCGGAGACAGUCAGGGCGUCGGCGACUGGACAAUUCGCAUUCGCAGCGUGGCAGCCGUCCCCGUCUCCAUCGACGUCACUGUCUCCUUCGGCCCCGCCGGCGAGGAGACAGAACGCGCGCUUCUCACCAAACCUGUCCCAGGAGCUGUCCUCGAAGCGACGACCCACCUUAUGGACGGCGCCGUGUUCGUCGGACAUGUCCAGCCGAAUCGCAACGACAAAAGUGGAAAGCGAUUCUUCUCCUUCCCCCUCGACUACAAACUCACUGCAGCGCAUGCAGUUGAUGCUCGGCCGCACUUCCGUUGCAUUGUCUCCUCCUUCGACAAAAAGGCCCGGCGCGUCCGCUUGCUUGCAAAUGUUUUGACGAAGGAAAAUGAGGGAGCGUAUCGGCUCCCAGACUCGAGCAUUCCAGGCACCGUUCUAUGGCCCCAACAGCGCGGAGGCAAAUUCCCUGACACGCAAGUGAUCGAUGUCCCCCUCGACAACCCACAGUCCCUGUCUCUCGGAACUGGUUCGGCCUAUGUAGUGGUCGUCGAACCCAGUCCUUCGUCGCUUCUCUCCACCUCGUCUUCCUCCCCUUCUUCAUCUUCUACCUCUUCUUCUACUUCUACCUCUACGUCUUCCCCUUCUUCGUCGUCUGCUUCGUCUGCCGCCUCUUCUUCCUCUUCUGCCCUGGCGUCUGCGUCAGGCUCCAGGGCCUCUCGAGAGACAGGCAAUCUGAAGAAGGGUGAAGGCAGGCGUUCAAGCGGCGUGGACGGCAUUCCAUUUUCAAUUGUCUGCAGUGCAAAUGGCGCGUUGUUUCCUCUUCCUCUGGACUUCCCGGUUCGUCGCUCCAUCGCCGCAGACGCGUCUCACUUUUACUCGUUCUCGACGCCGGUCUACAACAAGGACAUCGUCAUUUCGCUAGCCAGUGGGGCAGUGGGAGACGCAGAUCUGUUUGUGUCUCCACUUCGGACCGUUUCCUCGGCUUCGCGCGGGUACACUUGGUCUUCUACAGAGAUCGGAACGGACUGGGUGUUGCUGGCCUCUGAGUCGAAGGAUUUCCGGUCGGUCUGCAACGCCUCGGUCAUCUCCAGUACCGGUUUCUGCACCUUCUUUAUUCUCGUCGAGGCCCAGGAAGAUGCGCAGUACACGCUGGAAGUCCGGCAAGAAAAUGGCGGAGUCGACGCUCUAGUCCCUGGUCGCCCCGUGCACGACAUCGUUCGAAAAGGCCAUACGAAAAUGUACUCCUAUGUCGACGUGACGCCCGAUGAAGACCUCAAGAUCACAGUUUCGAGUGACCGAGAUGUCUCCCUGUACGCGUCCCUGGGCAGCGGGACUCUGGUGACGGACUUGACGCCUCUCCACUUGGGGAGUGCGCAGUGGUGGAGUGACGGGGUGGCUCGACGUUCGAUCGACAUAAAAGGCGCGGAUCUUCGGCGACGCCAGGCGGUGCUCGGGUGCAUUUUUCCAAACAGCAAGGACGCCGCGCCUUGGUCCUCGCGGUCUGUCGAGAAGCAGUGCGUCCUUCGCGUCGACGUCUCAGCUCAUCAGGAUCAGCGCUUUUCGCUGGAACUCCUGACGGCGCCCACGAACUCGGUGGUCACGAACCUCAUUGUAGACGCUACGCCGAAUAUCGGCUUCCUCUGGGAGAACAGCGACGUCAAGUACGAACUCUGGGUCGAGGACUUCAUUCUCGAGCGGGACCUCGACGCCGCCCUCCACCUGAAAGUCGCUUCCUUCGACUGCAAGGCGACACUCACCGUCAAGUGGCCUGAUGGAUUCCGACGAGACUUCCCCUGGCCUCAAAGUCGGCAACUCGUCAUCGGCAGAGAGAUACACCCCUGGACUGAAGGUCCGUUCUUCUUCAUGCUUCACGACCCGAGCAUUCGGCAGGGGAACUGCAUGUACGUCUUUAACGCCCACAUCUCUACGACGCUUCACGAGACGCACGAGGUGACGCCGCUCGACUUCAAUGUGCCGCUGCGAGCCGCCGUGACUAGCCAUCGACCAAGUUUCUUCGUCUGGAGUGCGCCUUUCUCUGGGAAAGCCGACGACGAGUUUUUUCUCCUCAAAGUCACGCCCUUCGUCCACAUGGUCGACGUCUUUGUUCAGCCUCUUCACAGAAAUCUGGGAUUCCCCAAACGGCCUGAACCUGGCGAGGAGCUCCCCCCGACAGUCAAGCAACUCGUCCAGGAAUCGCCGGAGUCCCCCACUCUCUUCAUGCGGAUCGGAAGUGUGUGGCGAGACGCCGAUGACGCUGACUGGGUGCCGGCGUGCGAACCGAACGACCUCGCCACGAGCCGUUUGGAGGACGACCAGCUGGGGACAGACACGGAAGAUGUUUUUCAUCCCCUUGACUCUUGCCAGAUUCUCAUCAGUGUCUACGAUCACCACCGGCCCACAGAUCUCUCUGAGUCUCGCGAAAUUGACUUUAGCAUCCAAGUGACGUCUCGUUCAGCGGAUGCUUUCGACGUUUACUCCUUCGGAGAAACGCGGCAGUUUGUCCCCGAAGAGUUUCUGGGCGAAAACCAAUCCAAGGCGCUUCUGCUCUACCAAGAUAAUCCGAGUGCAGAUGUGCACCUCCAUGUUCGGUGCGAAGACCCAUUCUUGAUCUCCAAGAUGACUGCUGCGCUGUUCCAUAACCUAACGCGUCUGCACGAGGAGCUCGAGCACCCAAACGGCUGUCGCAGUGAUGACGGGGGGAAGUUUUGCUGGGUUAGCGAACCUACGAAAGACUGGCAAAGUGGGUCGACCGCGGACAUUGUCAUCAAAGCCGAGGAGAAAGUUUUGGAGAGCAAGAACUUUCUCUACGUGGUUCUGUAUCUCAACGAAACCUAUUCUUCGACUUUCCAACCUGUUGUCGAGUUCUCGGCCACACAGGAGGGGAUGUAUGUGCCGCUGAAGAACAACAUCGACUCUGGAAUAUACUCCGUUGCAGCCGAUAAACCGGCGUUCUUCUCCUUCGAGGUCGCGGAGCCGAGUGGGCAGGUGAUUUUUAUUUUGGAUCCGGACCGCGAGGCGCCGAAGCAGGAUGGUGACCUGCGCACUUCCUACAGAGACCGAAUUCAGAAGCCCCUGGAGGCGACGUCGAUGUUUGUGAAGACCUGCAACACGGAAACAUUUGUGCGAACGAUGUGGAGUCCUUCGCUUCGUCCCUCCAAUCUUCUGCAUUCGGAGCAUGGCUACGUAAACGAACGCGACCAACUGGUGGCCAUCGUCGACAACAACUGGCAACUGUUUGAUGCGCGUCUUUGCUACUAUCGAAUCGGAAUUUAUACCCAGUCGUCGGAGCCGUUCUACUUCCGUAUGACCGCCACAGUCAUUCACCAGUCCUUGCCUAUGGCCGUCCCGAUCGGCUCUGCAAUCUUGGGCCAUGUCUCGAAAAUACCUCAUGCCAACCGACGCACACCCCUUGUUCAGACCAUGGCUGUUGCUGACAAAUUCACUUUCCGGCUCUGGAAACCCCCUGCCUUCAAUGGGAAGCUCGUCACGAUGUUCGAGGUGUGCAGCGGUACAGCGGCUCUUAGGUGGAAUGACCGGCUGAGCAAACUCGUGUCAGGCAGCGUGGUGCCGGGGAUUUUUCUGGGGUCCAUGAAGCGCGUUUCGAGACGCACGGAUAGCUCCACUCUCCAGCAGCAAGGCCGCAUGUAUCGGGUUGUUGAGGCUCAAAAUGCGAAUUUCCUAGGCGCAUCAUGCGAGUUUCCGGAAGACACAGCCAGCGAAAGCUACAUCCGCCAGAACAAUGCGACCUUCAGCAUUAUGAUGACGAGACUGGAAAGAACGGCUUGCUUCAGUGCAGAAUCCGAUGAUGUGGACGCAGAAAUUGCGCCGGCGCCUUGGUACGAGCAACUUCGCCAUCCCUUCAGCGGACGCAAAUGGAGUCUAAAUGUUCGGUGGAAGCCCCUGAUGACCUUCCCGGCCGUCAAAGCCCUAUCGCAGGACGGGCACUGGACCUGCUCGAAGACGUCUCUUCGAGAGUGGGGGAACCAACUUCCGGAGGAACAAGUGCAGUACGAGGUGUUUGUUGCGCUUGCCAGCGCAACUCGGGCGAACUGGUUGGCCAGCUGCGGUCUCUACAUGGACGCCGAAUACUACAAAACGACGUCAAAGUACCUUAUCGACGCAGGACAGACAAGCUUCAGGCUACCCCUGCAAUACCAAGGAUCCCAGGUCUACAAGGUGGCAGUGCUUGCGAAGCACAUCCCUCAAGCCUUCGAUCAGGGAACGCAGCCUUUCACGUAUCGCUUCGUGGAAGUCGAGCUGGCGCACACAGAGGAGUUGCUCGGUCUAGGAACGACUUAUCUGCUGGUUGUAGUUGUCUUUUGUUUGCUGUUCGCCUGUCGCCGCCGUAUGUUCGCAUGCGCCACGAGCAUGUGGAAAACGCUGCUGUGUGUGACGUCAUCGGAGUUCAGCCAGCCAAGGCAGGACCGUGCUACAGGUCCUCACAACAUAGAAAUGUUCUCGGUUUCUCAAGGGUACAUGCCUCCCCCCGCCACGCUGGGGUGCCGAACGGUGAAAGAUGACUACGAAGAUGAAGGUUUUACCGAAGAUCUAGAGACACGGACGAACGACGAUUAUACUUUGUCACCUUUACCCCAGUCGGUGGAACCGUGGUCAGGAAGGAAAGGACACGAGGUUGUGUCUUUCUAA